CGAGGCUCGCGGGUUCUGCCCGUCGGCUCCGCGGUGUCGGCAGCCGGGAGAGCCGCGUGCCGGGGCUGCGGUGCGGGGAGGUGCUGGGAGCCGAGGCGGCUGUCGGCUGCCGGUCGCUGCUGUCUGUGCGCUGUGCUGCCGAGAUAGGCCCGGGCCCGCCGGCUUAUCGCAGAACUGCCGGCACUGGUGAGGCUGUGAGCACCCGUUCCAUCCCUGCUGUGCGCGCCCGCUGUCAGCGGGUCCUGGGCACCACGCAAAGAUGACCACCUCGGCCCUGCGCCGGCAGGUGAAGAACAUCGUGCAUAACUAUUCGGAGGCGGAGAUCAAGGUGCGAGAGGCCACCUCCAAUGACCCCUGGGGACCCCCCAGCUCCCUGAUGUCGGAGAUCGCGGACCUCACCUUCAACACGGUGGCCUUCGCCGAGGUCAUGGGGAUGAUCUGGCGACGGCUGAACGACAGCGGCAAGAACUGGCGGCACGUGUACAAAGCCCUCACCCUGCUGGACUACCUCAUCAAAACCGGCUCCGAGAAGGUGACCCACCAGUGCCGGGAGAACCUUUACACCAUCCAGACGCUGAAGGACUUCCAGUACGUGGAUCGUGACGGCAAGGACCAGGGCAUCAACAUCCGGGAGAAGGUGAAGCAGGUGAUGGCGCUGCUGAAGGACGAGGAGCGGCUGAAGCAGGAGCGGGCGCACGCGCUGCAGACGAAGGAGCGCAUGGCCCUGGAGGGGAUGGGCAGCGGCAGCCAUCAGUCCACCUACGGCCGCCGCGCAUCGCCCUACGGGGACGACUAUGGCCGGACGCGGGGCUCACCCUCCUCCUUCAACUCAUCUUCCUCAUCCCCACGGUUCGCCUCUGACCUGGAGCAAGCGCGUCCCCAGACAACGGGUGAGGAGGAGCUGCAGCUGCAGCUCGCCCUGGCAAUGAGUCGGGAGGAGGCCGAGAAGAAGCCACUUCCUCCAAUUUCCAGUACAGAUGAAGAAAGGCAAUUGCAGCUAGCGCUCGCGCUGAGCAAAGAGGAGCAUGAGAAGGAGGUGAGGGCAUGGCAAGGGGAGAACUCCCUGCUGCAGAGAGCCUUGGAGGAGACUGCCCAAGGUGGGGAGGAAGAGCAGGAAGAGGAUAAGAUGAAGAAAAGCCAGUCCUCUAUCCUGGAGCUGGCAGAUAUAUUCGGGCCGGCACCAGCUCCUUCCAGCCACACGUCUGCUGACCCAUGGGAGAUGCCAGAUAUGAAACCCAAAGCGGAGCCAGCAGCCUGGACUGGCACAGCAGACCCCUGGGUGCCAGUGCUAUCCAGCAGUGGGGAGCCCAUGCCCCAGGCAGGCACUACAUCCCAGCAAACAGCUGCUGGGCCCUGGGAUUUCCCCCCUGCCUCUGCUGAUCCAUGGGGGAAGGCGGCCGCCUCGUCUGGCUUCACCCCUGCAGACCCUUGGACAGCCACGUCCCCACUGGCCCAGGGCUCCGGCACUACGCCAGCCACUGACCCCUGGGCUGCUGUGGCUGAGCCUAACCCUAACCCUGCUUCAGGGGGGGAUGCUUUCGACCUGUUUGCAAAGCAACCCGAGGCAGCUGAGCAGCCGGAGAUGGAGCAUUCGCAGCCGCCCUCCUCGGUGAAGUCCAGCAGCCCUGCCGAGCUGGACCCUUUUGGCGACCUGUUCCCCGGCACCAAGCAGGACCCGGCCAAGAGCUUUGACCUCGCGAACCUGGCCGACUCGCUGCCCGAAUCCUGCAAGGAGCGGAAGGACUGUAAAACCCCCGAGGCUUUCCUCGGCCCCGCCGCCUCCUCGCUGGUCAACCUGGACUCGCUGGUGGCACCGCCGCAGGCCGCCAAGACGCGCAACCCCUUCCUGUCGGGUCUCAGCACGCCGUCCCCCACCAACCCCUUCAGCCUGGCCGAGCAGCCCAAGCCCACGCUCAACCAGAUGCGGACCGGCUCCCCGGUGCCCGGCCUGCCCGCCGCCCUGCCCGCCAACGCCAUGACCUACAGCGCGUCUCUGCCGCUGCCGCUCAGCAGCGUCCCCGCCGCCCUGCCCGCCUCCGCCAGUGCCUUCCCGCAGGCGGGGGCCGGGCCGUUCCCCGAGCUGCCCGGCGCUUUGCCGCAGCCUCUGCUGCCGCUGAGCGGCCCCCCGGCCCCCCAGGGAGGGCUCAACCCCUUCCUCUGAGGGCUGCGGGCCGGCACCGCGGGCGGGCUCUCGCUCCUUCCCGGCCGUUCCCCUGCCGCUCCCACCGCCGGGGACGGCAAGCAGCGCGAGCCGCCCGCAGGAACCGCGCCCGGAGCGUCGGCGGGCUCCGGGACUUGUCCGCUCUGCGCGCAGCGCCUCGGUGCGCGGCCGGGAACGGCUCGGCGGGGCGGGGGGAGGCCCUGGGGCGGACGGACGGUGCCUCCUCUUCGCUCUUCUGCCCUGGAAACGCCCCGUUCCUCUUAACGUGCUGCCCUCUCCGCGCGGCUCUCGGCCGGUUCGCGCUCUCCCCGCUCUGGAUGUUACUCCGCUUGGGCACCGUGUCCCCGCUCUCCAGCCCGGGUCAGCCCCGCCUGCGAGCCCUUCGCAGUCCUCCGUGCCCCCGGAUCCCGCGCAGAGCCCGGGCCGGGCGCUCCGCCCUACGGGGAGCACCGGAAGCAGCGCUCGGUACCGCGGGCAGCGCUGCUCGGGGGGGCGGCCGUUGCGUCGUGCUUCAGCGCGUGCAGCCGGCAGCGCUGCUCCACGCGGGAUGACUCCGCGUCCGGAACCGCAGCGGCCGCCCCGGCAUUCGGGAACCGUGAGCUGACCGCCACAAUAAAGUACCGGAACGGACA